AGGGCAUUAUAUUCAUUUUUUGCUCUCUCUAUAUAUACAUAAGAAUAUGAGUGGAUUAAAGAAAGGAGAAGUUAAUCUUGGUACUUCCAUUAUGGCAGUUGCUUACAAGGAUGGUGUCAUCCUUGGUGCUGAUUCACGUACAACCACCGGUGCUUAUAUUGCCAACAGAGUGACCGAUAAAUUAACUAAAGUUCACGAUAGCAUUUACUGUUGUCGAUCAGGAUCGGCUGCUGAUACUCAAGCUGUUGCCGAUAUUGUUCAUUACUACCUCCAAAUGUAUACUGUGAAUGAAAAUGAAGCACCUUCUGUUCGUACAGCUGCUUCCUUAUUCCAAGAGAUGUGUUAUCAAAACAAGGAUAAUUUAUCGGCAGGUAUUAUUGUUGCAGGUUGGGAUAAGAAGGAAGGUCCCUCUGUCUACAAUAUUCCUCUUGGUGGAUCUUUACAUAGAGCUCCUUUUGCCAUUGGUGGUUCUGGAUCAACAUACAUUUACGGUUAUUGUGAUGCCAAUUAUAAAGACGAUAUGACCCGUGAAGAGUGCGAGGAAUUCGUAAAGAAUUCUUUGGCAUUAGCAAUGUCCCGUGAUGGUUCUUCAGGUGGUGUUAUCCGUUUAGCUGUCAUCACAAAGGACGGUGUUGAGAGAUUGUUUGUUCCUGGAAACAGAUUGCCUGUUCAUUGGGAAGGAUAACCAUAUUCCAUAUAUAAAAUAAAUACAUGUUAAAAAAAAGUUUUGUAAAGUAAAAAAAAAAAAAAAAAAG